GCUCGAUUCCGCGCGACACGCUGCAUACACAAGCUCUCAUGUGUGAGCUCUCACUCGGAUCAAAGGGACGGACAGGAUGAAACUGACUCUAUCGAGUUCCGGGGCGAGACUCUUCGGCCGCUCCGUGCAGACUUUGGCCAGGAUUGGCGAAGAAAUUGUGAUAACCUCGACUGGAGAGGCUCUCAUAUUACAAGCAGCGAAUACCGCCAAAAGUGCUUUCGGUUGCUACGAAUUCGAACGUGAUUUCUUCCAAAGUGGAGACGACGUCAAAAAGUUCACGGGAAUCGUCAAUACGAAAGGUGGAAUCCUUCUUGCGUUCCGCAACUCCACAAGCUUCGAGAAGACAGUCGAAGUAUGCGAACUCGUUUUCAGAGCGGACUUCCUCACCGUCCGCUUCCGAUGUAAACUCCAAAUCGAAAAAAUUUAUCGAGUAGAUCUCAUCAAUGGGAAGAAUUUCGUUUAUAACGUAGACCUCGACAAGUAUCCGAAUUAUAUAAAAGGUCCAGCCCGGAUAUUCUUAGAUGUGGUCUCCCAAUUCCAAUCAAAAGUCACCGAGGUAACUCUGGCGGUGACAACCGACAAGCUCACUUUAAGGAAUUUUGUGGAUACCGCCGACACCAAAGGGAACGCCGUCCAAUCUCAUGUGACUUUCGAACGGCGCGAGUUCGACGCUUUCGAAGUUUAUCAGGAGGCCAUGGACAUAACUUUUUCAUUGAAAACUUUCAAAACCAUCCUCAACUUCAGUGAGGGCCAGCAACUCGAUGUGAACAUCCGUUACGAUCGACCCGGAGCUCACGUUAUCGUCACUCUUUCAUCUGGGACGCUUUCGGGGGUCAAGAUAGUAUUCGUUUUCGCUACUCUCGACGAGAAUACGCCGGAUGUUGUGCAGGAAAAUCAGACACAGAGAGCACCUAGGGGAAACGAGUUAAGCAUCCGCACAGUCGGUAGAACCACGCAGUCUCAUUUGCAGAGGAUGGUUUCCGCAUUCGAAGAAGAUACGGUUUGUGAGCCUAAACGUUUCCGAGCAGCUGAAUCAGACGAUGAGUUCGAGAAUCUCUUGGAAUCCAAUGAAGAGAUCCAUCAGAUCAUAACUCAGAAGGAGUGCGAGACAAGGUUCGGAACUGUGCAUUCGUCAAUCGCUGCGAUGUCUCUCGUCUCUACGGUAUCUUCAUGGAUUCUGUAUUCUAAACGAUGGCGCUCUUCAACCCACAGGGAACGAUUGAAUGAAACUCUCUCGUCGUCGAGCAACGCACCGCCGAAAGUCAGUACAAUGGCGCAAAUUCUCCUACAAAACCAGGUGAAAGCGAAGCGAGGCCUCCUGAAGACUCAAGAUGAGCCAGAAGUUUUAGUUCCGGCCUCGGAUGAGGAAGAUUGA